AGCCACCAUUUAGACUAAUUUCUAAACACCGUCCGAUUAAUAACGUUCUACUCCAGUCAUCUAUUUAUUUGACCAUCACCUUUUUGAACUCCGGAUCCUGUCCGUACUCUUCAAGUCUCCCCGGCACUCAGCGCGCCCUGCUCCUCCCCUCCCCAUUCUCCCGCUUGACAACAGCGGAGAGAAUCGGACCUUGUGCCAUGAAACGUGCCCACGGCAGGGCUGUGGGAAAGUUCGGGGGAGAGAGCACCCACACAUUGUCAUGGUAAUACUAGUGGGUGGAGGUAUGGGGGUCGCGAAGCUGUGGUGCGUAAAGGCCAUAUAUAGAUCUGAGUAGUGGACUUUACAGCUUCUACUAGGACCCUUUCUCGCUCAUAAUCAAUUCGUAUAGUAGACACCACAACAGUGCAAACAAAAUAUUUUGAGGGAGUGUAGCUCUAGAAAAGAAGACGGUUGAUCUGAUAGCUGGUGCUUGCACAUUGCAGCUAAAAGAACACAACCUCCAAGAUGGGACACGGAGGCAAUAGGCCGGAGAGGAAUUUCAACGCAAAAGAAGAACGGAAGCUGCGGAAGCCUCUCAUUGAGAAGAGGAGGCGAGAGCGCAUCAACUGUAGUCUGGAACAACUGAAAGGGAUCAUGGUAGAUGCUUACAACCUUGAUCAAUCUAAACUGGAGAAGGCUGAUGUCCUGGAAGUUACAGUCCAACAUAUGGAGGGUCUGCAGAAGAGUCACGGGUCAGGUUCCCCUCCUGGUUCUAAUUCAGGGUUCGAGUCCCGGCAACGUUACAGCAGCGGUUACAUCCAGUGUAUGCACGAGGUCCACAAUCUGCUGCUGAGCUGCCCAGGCAUGGACAAACCCCUGGGGGCUCGCCUUCUCAAUCACCUUCUCAAAUCUCUCCCCCACAUCAGCCCCGAGGGGGGUGCUGGGAGCCCUGGUGGCAGUGUCAUCGAUGGGACCCCGGCUAGGGCCAUGGGUGUUAGCAACGGCAACAGCGGGAGUGUUGGUGGUGGCAGUAGCAACGGGGGUAGUCCAAUGUCUGGAUCCGGAACUUUCUCCCCUCCCCAGUCCCCGCCUUCUCUGCCAUCCGGAGGUGGAGCCACCUCGUUCCGGCCUCGGCGUUUACAAAUGCAUCACCCCUCAAAGCCAUCGCCCCCGCACGCAGGAAGUCCCCAACUCAGCGCUCCCCACGGCCAGGUGCAUUCUGGUAGAGAUGGUAGAGCACGGCAACAGGCUUUGGGCUUCCCCUCUCCUCCUACUUCCCCCACUACCCCCUCCAAUCUCACCCAGCCAGGGGUGUCGUACCCUGGAUCCCAGCCCCCUGUCUUCCCUCCUGGGGCUGACCCUUCAAUGUGGAGGCCUUGGUGAAGACCUCAGGGAAUAGACACAACCACUCACUAUCGCCGACUCUUCAACCAACACACACACACACACUCCGACAUACUCACUACAGUGCACACAAUCCUUUUUGCCUGACACCCAGGGAUGACAAGAAAAAAGUCUGGGGUUGUUUCCAUCCAGGUGAAUGCUGAGGUAAAUACCUUAAUGCUGUUUUAUGCUUCAUUAAUCCCAGUUCAUGUGAUCGCCGAAUUAUGUUGUUUUUAAGAGAAGCAGAGGAGGUGCAUAUGUAUCUGCAAUUUCACUCAUGUUAAGUUAAAAACGUUAUAGUGCGACUGGGGGCCACCCCAUAUUCUUAGGAACAUGGCUCAAGAGUACUCAGAAUUUUCCAUAGCUCCAAAAAUAAAUGGCCCAAUUUUCUUUUUUAAAUAUUUGAUCAUUCAAACCUUUUAGCUAGACAUAAGGAUUUCUAUGAGGUUGGGCAAUAGUUAGCUUUGACAGCAACUACUGUAGCUAUUCUGUCCAAUCUUUAGUUGUGAAAGGUGUGAUAGCAGAAAAGUUAAUUACAUUGAAUGUUGUUUCUCAUCAACAAAAAAAAUCGAGCUAGGAACAUAUACAAACCCACGGAGGGUGUAGGGUCCAUAGAGGUUAUACACAUGCCUUUUUUGAAGAGAAACCUGUUUUGUAGAGAAACUAUCCAAUCUUUCCCAACUACCAAUAAGAUAGAAUAGCAACUGUAUUUGCGUUUGAAGCUAGGCAAUAGUAAGCAGAAUAGGUACUUCACAGUUUUUUAAACAUUUUUAUAGUAUUUUCUUCCUAUGUUGUUAACUACACAAAUAGUUAACAUUUUGUUGAAUUUGUCACGGAUCAUUCAUUAAAUAGUUCGGCCAAAUGAUACAACAUAUUUGGUAUUGAUUCUGACCUAUGUUUAUUAAUUAAAACUCAACUGUUUUGGGAAUGUCUUCAUCCUUGUAUAUUAAAAUAAGUUGCUAUGUUAUUUCAUAUUGAAACAGCUAAAUAAAAAUUAUGUUGACGGUCAGACAGUUGAAGCGUUGUAUUGUAUCAAAAAGUAAUAAAACAUUUAAAGCA